CCGCCUUGGUGAUGACUCUACGUCUCGGCCUUGCUUGGCGACCAGGAGUUCGUACCUGCGUAGGAAAGGGUGUGUCAAACGGCAGAUAGGUUCCCUGCAUUUGAACGGCUCUAUCUCGAUGUAUGCACCCCGUUCUCCCCACUGUACUACCUACUUACUACGUAGUACGUAAGUGCUAGUCCAGUAGAUUAGUAGACGUGAGCUUGCUAUUGCUCCUGUUCAGGUCCGAACGAAACGUGGAGGAGGACGGAGCACAAGGACGAGCCAUGACCAAUGGUGACGUCAGAAUCUACGGUACUCUUCGGCUAAGGUACUGCCUUGCCUGUACGGACGGCGAUGCUCAUAACAGGCAACGCAAACCACAAUAAUAAUCAUCGCUCCUCUCUGCUACACGCACAAGUAAAAUCUCCAUCAUCCUCUCAACAAGUCAAUUGACCCUUCAAAACACUAUGUUCCCCAGAAGUAUCACCGCCCUGCGCGCCUCGCGCGCUGUUAUGACCCCUGCCUCUUCGCGCGGCAUGGCCUUCACGUCUACCAGCCGUCUUGGCCUCAAGGAGUCUUCUGACAGCGACAACAUUGACUACUCCAAGCACAAGUCCGACUCGCUCGAGAAGCAGAAGCAGGGCAAGGGCCACUGGAAGCCCGAGCUCGCCUCGGACAGCGAGGAGGCCGUCAAGGCAGACCGCAGCGGCAGGGGACCUGAGGAGACGGCCAAGCUGCAGGAGAGGACGAAACGCGCGGCGGAGGAGUCGGCUCAGGCGGGCACCAGCGUCAAGGACAACAUGUGAGGACCAUUACGAUGCACGAGUAAACCCGGGUCAUUGGGUGUUAGGGAUGAUAUUACCUUGAGUCAAUCAGCAUGGUCAAUUGUUUUUGGUACUGGUCUAUGGACUUGAUGGCUAUUGUUACUCACCACAAGGGUAAGCCUUGUUUGUGGCUUGAUCAGUGUUUAUCUACGUCAAUGGCAUCCCUUGCUGUCAGCCAUAUUUGCACCCACAGACCAAUUGUCCAUCGACGUGUGCUAUUCCGCAAAGCAUUAAAAAUGAGAAAAUUAAUCAAUGAGGAAUU